AUGGGCGCCACCGAGAGCAAGACUCCGCGCAGCGUGGCCACCAGGAGACGGCCUGGCCAAGCUGCAGCUGAUGCUGGAGUCGCUGACGCUUCGCGCGCUGGUCAGCCUUCGCGGGGUCUCAGACGGGCAAGGGGUGGUGACGGUCUCCGCGGCAGCUUCAGCCCAACAGGCGCCGGGAAGAUGACCCACCAACUGACUGAAAUUCCCUUCGAUGCUGAGGCUUUUCUGCUCGCCAAAGAGGCUCGCGCGAAACCUGCGGAUGCCGAAGCCAGUGAGACCGGCGAUGGUGACGACUUGGCUGAACUAGAGUACGAGGGUACUCGUCCAGAUGUCCCAACCGUUCACGCUCACCUCAAGGGCGUUGACAAGGCCUGUCGAAAUGGGGACUGGUCAAAGCCUCUGCAGCGCUUCUUGACCAGACUCCAAAUGGGCUCCAACAACCUCAGCGUCAUCUAUGACUCAGACGUCGCAAAUGUGGGCAUCGAGCCUCCCGAGAAGUCCGACUCUUGGGUCGACCAGAGCGAACCAGCCAAGUUCGCAGGCCAUGUCUACAGAUUCAUGGGACGUCAAUGCAGAUCUGCCUCUUCGGACAGGCACCUCUAUGUCCUCUACCACCCCGACCCGGAGUGGCAUGCCGACUUCUACGACCUUCUGCAGGACAAGCCGCUACCAAGCAACUUCCUCGGUCUUUCCGAUAACCUGGACGCCCUUGUCGCUUUUGUGAGGUUUGUUCGAAAGAGACUAGGAAAGCGUGCCAACACGGCCAUGUUCCAUCUUCUCAUCCCCACCUCCCGACCCAUCGCCAUCAGAGACGCCCUCGACUUUCCUGAUCUGGGUGAUCUUGCCAUUCACGGCGAGACUCACAACGGCAGCAACUACGUCUGGAUCAACCUGCCAAACUACGAGAACUACCCAGCAAACCUGCUGCUGAAGCACGUCGAAAACGCCAUCCGCGGGGACAGCGAGUGGAGGACAACGGCGACAGUCACCACAGCCCUCGGAGGCAUCUCAGCAUCACUAGCUGGCGCAGCCUUCACACUCAGAGUCAAGGGCGCACCAUUCCCGUCUCUCAAGACCUUUGGCAUCGGAGCAGUAGCCAGCACCAUCGCCGCAAGAGUCAGAGGCGCCGAAUACCUACCGCUAGCAGUUCUCGGCAUGGGCGGAGUUUGCACCAUGAUCGCUGCCCUGACCGUGAACAGAGGCCUGAGCAAGAGAGUGCCCAGAAUCGUCGGAGGCACCGACACGCCCAAGGAGCCCAAGCCCGAGCAGGAAAAGGAGGACUCGGCGACCAGUGAGCAGGAAGAGGCCAAGGAUGAAUCAAACAAGGAGGAAGACAUCAUGCCUGAGCCCAGGGAGGAGGAGGUUGUUAUACCUGAGGAGCCCUCCCGAACCAAGGACGAUUCAGACACUCAGUCCUUUGUGAGCAAAACCUCAACCUCUGGCAAGUCCUCGAGCAAGAAGCACCGCCGAAGCGAGCGGGGCGAGCGAAGUGAGCGCAAACGCAGUCACAAGUAG